CAGGAAGGUCACACCAUCCCUCACCAUCAUCAGGGUGAAAAAAACAUGGAUAUAAAAGUUGAGUUUAAAGAAGAAACAAAUGUGAGGGGUGAUCAGUCAUCUACGGAGGCAACAAUUAUUGUAGAAAAGGAGCAAUCUUGUUUACAUGUCAGCACAGGUACUCCGAGUACAGAAACGGAACAUAUUUUCAGAUGGAAAGUGAUGGAGAAUCGGGAGACCAUUAAAGCAUCCGAUGAACAAAGUGUCCCGAACAACUUGGAGAAUCACCUUACUUUAUCUUCCGACUGUAAUGCAGAAGACAAUAACUUUGCCCAACAUCCUCCAGGAGUAGAUCCUAAUAUUGAAAAUAUACAUCCAAAACACAACCAGGAGAACAGAUCAAUGGAUCCCUCAAACACCAAACCACGUUCUCCUGGAAUAUCACCUACUGUUACAAGCACCGGUGAGAAGAUAUUUCAGUGUCCCCAAUGUGACAAAUGUUUUGGCUUUAAGCACAGACUUGUAAGACAUCUCAUGGUGCACACCGGAGAGCGACCCUAUAUAUGUUCAGACUGCGGGAAAUCUUAUGCACGGAAAUUGGACCUUCUCAUACAUGCCAAAAUUCACACCGGUGAGAGGCCUUUUACCUGUACGGUGUGUGGGAAAGGUUUUGUAGAGAAAAGACGACUUAGCGAACACGAGAGAGUGCACACCGGUGAGAAACCAUUCUUAUGUACAGUCUGUGGAAGGGGUUUUGGAGAAAAAAAGCGCCUCAUUGAACACGAGCGGCUGCACACCGGUGAAAGGCCGUUUUCCUGUACGGUGUGUGGGAAAGGGUUUGGAGAGAAAAGGCGGCUUAUCGAACACGAGCGACUGCACACCGGUGAGAAACCAUUUUCCUGUACGGUCUGCGGGGAGGGCUUUAGAGGGAAAAAGUGGCUGGUCGAACACGAGCGACUGCACACCGGUGAAACGCCUUUUAAGUGUUCCGAAUGCGGGAAGGAAUUUAGAACCAGAGGCGUUCUAAACCUACAUCGGCAAUCGCAUGCGCAUGGGCAGCCGUAUUCCUGUGCGCAAUGCGGAAAACGCUUUAAAUAUAGCAUCAGCCUUAGCCGACACAAGAAACUUCAUGCACAAGAUAAUGCGAGAUGCCACACGGGAAAGAAGGUCUUCCAAUGUCCGGACUGUGAGAAAUCCUUCUUAUGGAAUGCGGACCUUGUUAACCACCAGAGAGUUCACACCGGUGAGAAGCCCUUCCCUUGUUCUCUAUGUAAAAAAUGUUUCUCAUCUAAAAGCAUCCUUGAGGACCAUAUAAAAGUCCACACCGGUGAGAGGCCGUUUUGCUGCACAGCAUGCGGGAAACGUUUCACUCAGAAAGGAGCCCUCAACCAGCAUAUGAAAAGCCACACCGGCGAGAAGCCGUUUUCGUGUUCCGAGUGUGGCAAGUCCUACUUGCAGAAAGGAAGCCUCGACUACCACAUGAAAUGCCACACCGGUGAGAAGCCGUUUUCUUGCGAAAGGUGCGGUAAAGGUUUCAUAUUACAACAACAACGUCUCAGACACCAGAAAAACUGUACGGGCGAGGGUCCGACUCCAACUUCAGAGUGCGAGACGUCAAAUUCUGAGAUUGCUGUACAACAAAAAGGUCAGGAGAAGGUAAAAUCUGAACAGAAAAAAGGUCGGACGGAAGAGAAGAGGUAUCCAUGCCUAAUAUGCGAGAAAUCGUUCAAAUGGAAAAACCACCUUGUUACCCACCAGAGAGUUCACACCGGAGAGAAGCCCUUUUCUUGUCCUGAGUGCGGCAGAUGUUUCUCCAUUAAAAGAAACCUGGAUGACCAUAUAAAAGUGCACAGCAGCGUGAAGCCGUUUGCCUGUGAAGUGUGUGGGAAAGGGUACAUACAACACCGGCACCUUCUUACACACAUGACAAGCCACACAGGCGAGAGGCCAUUUUCAUGUUCAGAGUGCGGGAAGAGUUACAACCGAAAAGACCGUCUAGUUAAGCAUCAGAAGACAGAGGGUCACCAAUGGCAGAUAAACAAUUAUGGAAGCAAAUCUUUUUCUGUCCAGGAACAGGAAAAUGAAACUGAGGGGAGCUUAUAGUUGACUCAAAUGAGUGGUGGGCCUACUAUCUAAUCCCACCUUAGAUCCAUUCUCCCCCACCUCAAAUGAGUGGUGGGCCUACUAUCUAAUCCCACCUUAGAUCCAUUAUUCCCCACCUCAAAUGAGUGGUGGGCCUACUAUCUAAUCCCACCUUAGAUCCAUUCUCCUCCACCUCAAAUGAGUGGUAGGCCUAUUAUCUAAGCCCACCUUGGAUCCAUUCUCCCCCACCUCAAAUAAGUGAUGGGCCUACUAUCAAAUCCCACCUUGGAUCCAUUCUCCCCCACCUCAAAUGAGUGGUGUGCCUACUAUCUAAGCCCAUCUUAGAUCCAUUCUCCCCCACCUCAAAUGGGUGGUGGGCCUACUAUCUAAGCUCAACCUGGAUCCAUUCUCCCCCACCUCAAAUGAGUGGUGGGCCUAUUAUCUAAGCCCACCUUAGAUCCAUUCUCCCCCACCUUAAAUGAGUGGCGGGCCUACUAUGUAAGCUCACUUAGAUCCAUUCUCCCCCACCUCAAAUGAGUGGUUUGCCUACUAUCUAAGCCCAUCUUAGUUCCAUUCUCCAGCACCUCAAAUGGGUGGUGGGCCUACUAUCUAAGCCCAACCUGGAUCCAUUCUCCCCCACCUCAAAUGAGCGGCGGGCCUACUAUCUAAGCCCACCUUGAUCCAUUUUCCCCCACCUCAAAUGGGUGGUGGGCCUACUAUCUAAGCCCAACCUGGAUCCAUUCUACCCCACCUCAAAUGAGUGGCGGGCCUACUAUCUAAGCCCACCUUAGAUCCAUUCUCCCCCACCUCAAAUGGGUGGUGGGCUUACUAUCUAAGCCCACCUUGGAUCCAUUCUCCCCCACCCUAGGGUGUUCUUACUCUUCCUGGCUAAUAUUCAUUAAAUAAAGUAAAUUUAAGCUACAAAAAAAUAAAUAAAACUAGCAGAUCUAGGAAUUGAAGAACAAAUCUCACCAGUGGGCAUCUGAGAGAUAUGGAACACUAUGAGGUCAAAGUAGAUAUAAACACUAACCGACCUAUAUUUAAUUUGCACUGUGCAGUUUGUAUAAUGAACACUUGUCAAGUUUUAUUACUUGGAAUAAAAAAUAUUUUCACAUUUUAUUAUUUUAUUUUAUUUUUCUGCUCGUCAUUACUCUGGACCAGCUUCCUGUUGGUGACAAUGGUGGACCAUGCCUGUGCAAUGUGUGUCGGCAGUGCCGCUUGUAGUCACCACCAAUCAUGCAUGUGAAAAGUCAGGGUUUUGCUAGACCUGGAAUACCCUGAGGGGAGCAAGUGGCAAAUGGCGGAAGUGGCCACAAUGUAAUGAUGUGAAGGAAUGUGAUAAUCUUGAAAAUGCCUAUUUUCUUAUGUGUAUACAUGUUUCUAUGCAUCUUUUCUAUACUAUAAAGUCUAUAUUCUACUUUUGUAUAUACUGUAUAUGUAAACUGCUUUAAUAAAGUCCUUACUCAAGAGGGUCUCUAGUAACACCCCCUCCCAUUGAGGUGACUGGAGAAGCUAAAGAUGGCGUUUGCUCCCUACUCCCACGCAUCAGAAGAAUGAGGAAAUAGUAGACUGGACAAGUGAUGAGCAAGCUUCAGCCAAUCAGAUGUGCUCUUUGGACUCACAUUAACAUAAUAGUGACGUAUCGUGCUGUGUGUAAAGAGCUUGGUACUGCCUGUAAUAAACAUUAGAUAAGGAAGUAAUUGAACUGAACAGAUGCAUCAGUGUCUUACUCCCAG